GAUGUACUGCAGAUAAAUUCACAUAGUAUAUAUUUUCGUGGUGUUUGUAGAUUUUGCAAUUGUUUAUAACAAACAAUUUGGAGUAAAAACUUACUAAUAUAAUAAACUUUAAAGUUUUUGUUUAAUUGAGUAGAUUUUAUAUGUUUAAUGGAAAACAUAUAAAUAAAUAAAAAAGAAAAAAGUUUUAUAUAUUGAACAACAAAAAUGCCAUGCUGGUAUUAUGAGAAAAAAGAACUCCGAAAUACACCAUCUAUUCAAGAUGGAAUUGAUUAUGAAACAGAAUGCAGAUAUAGAAAAGAGGGUGCAAGAUUUAUUAUUGAUACAGGUACAAAAAUGGAUUUAGGAUAUAAUACAAUGGCAACUGGAGUUGUUUAUUUUCAUAGAUUUUAUAUGUUUCAUUCAUUUAAAAAUUUUCCAAGAUAUGUUACUGCAUGCUGUUGUUUACUUCUGGCAGGAAAAGUAGAAGAAACACCUAAAAAAUGUAAAGAUAUAAUAAGAACUGCAAAAUCUUUGUUGAGUGAGCAAAAAUUUAUGACAUUUGGAGAAGAUCCAAAAGAAGAAGUUAUGACAUUAGAAAGAAUUUUGUUACAAACUAUUAAAUUUGAUUUACAAGUUGAACAUCCAUAUAGUUACUUGUUAAAAUAUGCAAAAUGCCUGAAAGGUGAUAAAAAUAAAUUACAAAAAAUGGUUCAAAUGGCUUGGACAUUUGUUAAUGAUAGUUUAUGUACAACAUUAUCCCUGCAAUGGGAACCAGAAAUUAUAGCUGUUGCUCUCAUGUAUUUGGCUGGAAAACUUAGUAAAUUUGAAGUGGUAGAUUGGAAUGGAAGGCAACCAAAACAUUUACGUUGGUGGGAUAUGUUUGUUGAGGAUGUUACUAUGGAUCUUCUAGAAGAUAUAUGUCAUCAAGUAUUAGAUUUAUAUUCACAAGCUAACAACACAAAGCCACCAGAUUCACCACCAUUGACACCAUCUAAUGAACCAUGUAGAGAUAGAACUAUAACAGCACCUCCUACAGAAUCAGCAUCUACUACACCAAAUGUUACACCAGGAAAAGUUACUAAAGUUGAAGCAGCUGCAGUCUCUUCAAAUGGAUGUUUAACUACAGAUACUACAGAUUCAAUCAAACCAAUGGAUGUGCCAACACAUUUUCCAACAUAUCCAGCCAAUUAUGCACCUAGUAAUAUUAAUAUCAAUAUUAAUUAUCCACCAGCAUUUCCCCCAGCAAAUGUUUCUGUACCUCCUCCUCCUGUAAAUACAAUGAAUCAUAUUGUUCCACCAAUGCAUCAUAUGGGUUCCUCUGGUACCACUAGACCUGCACCACCUGCUCCUACUACAACACCGGCACCAUUUCAACCAUAUCCUUAUCCUACAAAUGCCUCAUAUUUUCCUCCAAAUAAUCCAGUACCUCCAGCACCUACACCGCGUACAUAUUAUCCACCACAACCUUAACACAUACAAAUUUGCAAGCUCAAAUAUAAAACAUUUGUUUGUGUAUCAUUAUUAUAACUAAAAUUAUUAUUGUCAAAAAAAUAAUAAUUAAAUUCUUGUAAAUAUUGUAAAUAUGUGAAAUUUAUAAUUAAGAAUAGUAUUUAAUUAUAAAGCUUUUAUAAUUAUAUGAUAUUA